ACCGUUUCCGCUUCCUGCUGCCAGUCAGUCGAAUGACCGAAGCAAGCGAAAGUACGCUGAUGCGCUUUGCGUGGUUGUGCAUUAUACCGUUUGACCGCUGUAGCAUGCUGUAGUGCUUGAAUGAAGAGAAGCUGAAGUUUUAUUUUUAUUCUUUUCCUGGUGGGCGAUAGUACUCCGUUACAAUGUGGCGAUGAAUUGGUCGACCACCUUUCUUUGUUGACAGCGCAAACAAGAUUAAAAAAAAAAAAAAACUAUUAGUACAUUUUAUCAGUGCUGCUGUGGUCGAAGUGACUGUGAAAAUCCUGGGGUGCGCUUCUCCAUACCAUAUUUCUGCGAUCUGUCGUACCUCCUGGUCACGCUGGCCUAGCCAUGUUGUCCUUUAUAACUUGCUCGGACGAACGCGAUCGCUACCAAGCAGUGCCUAUACCUGUGCAUAUUGAAAACUUAGAGCCAGCCAGCGUUGUGAAGUUGUGGUGUGUGCGUGUGAACCAUUUGUUUUACGUUUUGGACGGCGACGAAAAUUUGUAUGCGUGCUGUGUUAGCUUGUCUCCGUCCAUCCCACAGAAAUCAUAUAAGAUCCCGCUGAAUGUACCUUUGCGAGAUCUAUUGAGUCCAAGUAGCAAUCAUGUUGUACUUGUUUUUGAUGAUGGUAGUGUCCGCACUUUGCACUACAGUCGUGAAGAUGGUUGGAUCGACGGCGUUAAAUUUCAUCUUCCGUUGGACGCGACUUGCAGUGUAGAAUAUGCUAGCACCUGCACCGGAAGCAAUCUCUUCUGGAUUCAGCGGUCAAGCCAAUUCCGCGACGAAGUUGGUUACUCGUUGUGGAAGUGCUCCUAUUCAUCGGACAGUGAUGACCUCCCGAACGUACAGUGUUUGGCCCAUAGGCUACCACCUUUCCAUUUGUAUGUUUUGAAACAUGCUGUAAUAGUUAUUCCAUGCCUGCCAGAUCCGCCUAAUAUUUAUCUUUCGUUUGGCGCUACUCAUGAUUUUAAAAUGGGCUCACUGUCAAAGCAGGCAGUGUUGUUAGCUACGACGCUGUCAUCGCCAUUGGAUGUGGCUGCUUUCUACAAGAGGCACAUUCGGUUCUGGCAGGUGCAAACACAUGCUGCAGUUGUGCACCACAGUUGUGUGUCACCUCUGGCCAACUGCCUGUAUCUCCUUUUGAAGGACAACUCGGUCAUCAUGUUGAGAUCAUCAGGAGAAGUUCUACGGCAAGCAGUCCUACAAGACGUGUCACCUCGUGUGCUGGGCUGCUGCAUAAUAGCAUCAACUCUCUGUCUAUUUGAAGACUCCGCUGUGCAACUCUACGACUUGACCAGUGGCUCACUGCUGCAAGAAUUGACCUUACAGGGAACUUUUCGUGGUGUGCUGCCAAGCCUGUGGGCUUUUUGGACCACUGAGGGAGUCUACCGAUUAACUGUGCCUGGAAGCACAUGGUGCCGAAAUAGCGCUAGUCAAUUGCAGAGUGAAGCACUUAUGUAUGCUGCUUGGCAUGCUGGUGCUGAGACUACACCUGGCUUGCCAACAGAGGCGCAGGUUCGAACCAAACUGAACCGCAUUUUACAUCCACUUGUUGAGUGCUAUUGGAAGCUGCAGCAAACAAAGGUAGCCCUCACUUCCUGACCUUGCACGUCCCAGACCUUGCACAUCAAUAUGUGGAAGGUGCACACAGUAUGAAGACUGUCAUGCUUCGAAAAGAAAUGCUAGACAUGAUUUCUAACAAUUAGUAAUGUUUACUCUAACAAUGCUCGUACUUGAGCAAGAUAUCCCAAGCUUGUGCACAUAAGUAGUGUCCAUUAUUGUCAACACGUUAGCAUUCCAUUAUCUGCCUUGCCAGGUGAAUACAGACUCAUAAACGUGAUGUUUUCUCAAAACAGGCUUUGUGUGCUUGUGCUACUUCACGAGCUAGUCAAGGGUAUAGCUAUGGAAGAAAGAAAUGCUUUACAAGUGCAUUUUGUGCCUGUCAUCAAUAUUGCUGCACUCUGUUAUAGCUUUGUAGUUGUGAAUAUAGAUAAUAUGCAGCGUAAACGUUUAUAUUGGCCCGAGAGGGUGACAGAUGGCUGAACAUUUAUUGUUUGCUUCCUUGGAACUGGCACUUAUUAAACAGGCAAGCAAGUGCUAGGGCCUGUACUGUAAAGCCCUGGUUUUAUGAAACUCAAUUCUGUAAAUUUCUUUAUAUAAGACGCAGAUUAUGAUUCUGCUUAAGAUUAGCAUCAAGCUCAAUGAGCGUGUAUUUUAGAAAGAACUUUGCAUCAGUUUUGGUGACAAGAUUCUUGCAGAAAGGAGAUCACAGCAAUAUUGUAUUGUUUAAGAUAUCAUGCAAUUAUAUUGCGCCAUUGGAAUUUUUUUUCUACAAGCGAGUGCAUAAUGGUAGAAGCAUUUCUUGGCCAGCAGUAUUGGCUGGCUCUGCGCAUUAGCAGCUCUGGUUUCAAUGAAUGUUUGCACGGCUCUCAUUGCAUCGGGUUGCCUCCUUUCAGCCUCACACAAGCAUGUGUCCCAAUUGCACUUAAAAAAUGGACCAUGAGAAAACUGAAAAGUUCAGUUUAUUCAAAAGAAAACCAAAAUAUGUGGCAUUAUAGGUGAGCCAAAAAAUGUAUAAGUUGAUGCACAGUACAGUGCUCUUCCAUGCCUUUCUUUUAAAUAUGACAUUAGGCCAGCUGUGGACACUGUCAGACUUCUGAGGCAAUUUUCUUGUGUCCCAGAGGGAGCUCUGAAUACCCUGUAUGAGCUUGUGGAACCUAUACAGGCAAAAAUGACCUUUUUGCUCAACAAUGAGCUUUUUGUUGCCACAAGUUCAUAUGCAGACAAAGCUGAUUCUCAGCACCAGUUGACCCAGCAUUAGAAUUCGGCAAAGUUAUUUUCAGGCACCAGUUUACCUUUGUUAAAUUGGGAUUUGAAGGCCAACUGCAGCAAAAUUUCUCUUGCCAUACAAAAACAUUUUUAGUGAUAGUGUAUAGCUAUGAAAUUCCUCAGUGUAAAGUUCUCUGUGUAAAAUCUGUAUGGAUGCAUGUGAAACAACUUGCAAAAAUCCAUGUUUUUCAUACCAAAACAAGGAAAAGUCUCCAUUACAGAUCGCCGGAAGUGAUUCAGAAGCCAGACUCGAUGUGACCUGAACCAGCAUCCCUGUGUGCUGUGUCACACACACAGUCUGUGCUCCGUGUGGCUGGACAUAAGACAUUUUCACAUAUUGCCAAGGCAAAAGAUACCAUUGGGGCAGCUCCCAGCAUGCUGCAUUUGAUUCCGGAAUUGGCGUCAUAUCUGCCUUAUUGUGUACUUCAUAUAAAGCCAACAAACACUGACACCAAGGACAACAUAGGGAAAAUUACUUGUGCUUAAUAAAUGAAUUAUUGGAAAUGAAAGUGGAUGAAAAAACAACUUGCCGCAGGUGGGGAACAAUCCCACAACUUUCGCGUGGUGGUAUCGUUCGUUUUAUUAUGGUGUUGGUGUUAAUUAAACGUAUGUAUGGUUACUAGCCUUGUGAUUUUUUUAACAUUUUGAGCUCAAGUGAGGUUUUGUUGCGAUUCGCAUACAUGUAUACACUGUCCUAAUGCUUCAGAAUGGAAUUGUCUGUAGUGGUUUCCAUGUAGUAAACCUUGGCAAGGAAGCAGUCUGUCUCUAGCGAAUCAAGGAGGCAGCCUAUCUCUAGUGAAACUUAGCAGCUACUGCAUUGUUUUGUGUGUAAGGCACUUAUGCAUGCCGUUUCAGUUUUAUGGCCACAUUCUGUUGGUUGUUGCUUUCUGCACUAGAAUUUAUAGGGUGCAUGAGUUAGAUGACUGUGGUUGUCUGUCUAGUAUCCGAUGUUACACACACCAAAAAUAAAUGUGCUAGGGGAAGGAGGUUUGGGGGAAGACUUGAGAAGCCACACUAGCACAAAAAUGUUGAGCAUAAGCACAGCUUAUGGGGGCACAGUGCUGCAUGUAUUCCUAUAAAUACAAUGCCAGGUGAAACUUAAUGCCUUAUUUGUUUACACAUGGCUUUAAAGGAAAUGUUUCAACUGUUCAGCGUAAGCAAUAAUUGAAAAAUUAAUUGAUAUACAAAUGGCCGUGACUUCUUUUGCUGUAACUGGUUAGGUUUUCUUAAUAAUCCUUGUAAACAACAAAAACUGCUACAUGUACUUGAAUACAGAGGCAAACAAAUUUUCUUCAUUAUAAACACUUAAAAAGCACAUGGAGAAAGCAAGAUAUAUUGUAGCAUGGUGUCUGGCCAUGCUAGCUAACUGCUUUGGCAAUGCACAUGGCAUAGCCUCCAAACAAAACAAUUGGUGCCAGAAUAAAUGCUUGUAUUGUCACUUUUUUCUCACCUUGGUCGUAAGGGCUCAGAAAAUUGUCAGGGCUUUGGCUGCUUGGCUAUGUGAUCACAGCAUAAAACUGUGUGGGGCACAAGCUGUUUUGAAACUUUAAUGACCACUGAACUAGGCAGACUGUUAAACGAAUUUCAGAAAUGCUUGACAGAUGGUGCCUUUGGAUCUGCAUAUAUGAGCGCGAUCUCUUUGGUGCUGGAUAAGAAAUGGAUUACAGCUCUAUGCAACAUAUUUUAUGAUAAGAAAGCAUGGGAAUUUACUGUCUACAAGAAUUGCUCUGUCAAUGUUCUCAAAAUGAUGACGCAUUUGGAGCAUGUGUAGGUGAGAUUGAAAUAGCAUUGAUAUAUGAAAUACCAAAAUCUACAUACUUUUACAGUUUAACUGCGUGGUGUGAAGUCAAGGUGUUGCUUAAAUCUUUUUUCUGUUGGUAUAUCCCAGUUUUCUCUUCUAGUGUACAUGCAACAGUCAUAAGCUCCUUGUAAACCAUAGAAGCACCUUGAAUGGUGCCUGUUGAUGUUGUUUGCGCUAUAGAAUUUCAUGCAAUGAUUACUAGCGGGAACUCUGGUGCUAGUAUACGGAGCUAGCACGUAAGCUGCAAUUGGGGCGUUUCAGCCAGCAUGGGAAUUAGGGGAAGCAUAUGGAUUUGCCUAACCUUAGUCCUUCUGGCUUCAAACUAAGUCAUUUUCAACAAAGUACUGUGUAAUAAAUAAUUAAAUACACAUUAUUAAAAUUAUUCGACAGCAGGAGUCGAACACAGGACCUCUAGCAUUGAAGCCCGAUAUUGAAACCAUUACACGGACGCAUGCAUUGGCGUGCAACAUAAAACGCCCUUAUGAAUUUAUCACGAGCAAGCCAGUGCCUUGAGGCUUGGCAAGUUUCGAUUUGGCCACCUCGACAAGCUGAAUUGUUGCAGUUAAUAGUGAUUGUGUGUGUUCGCAGCGUCUUCCACACUUGGAAAAGUAUAGAUUGCUCUGAAAUUUACUACAAUGAAGGCAUACAAAACGUAACAAACGAAUCCACAAGCAUGAAGACCAGACAAAUCCAUGUACUUCCCAUCAUUCCCAUGGUGACUGAACGAUUGCAGCGCCAAAGUUCCCUCUAGUAAAUAUUGUAGGAAACUCUAUGGCUAGUGGAGUUACAAUAAUUCAAGCCUGUGCUGGUAUUUGUUCUUCUUAUCAUUUAUUCUGAGGGAAAAAGAAAGUUCAUAUUGGAAGUGAGUUGUAAAUAAAUGUCGUGCUGCCACGAGACUGAAUGGGGACUGUAGCCAAAGUUAUUAUCCAAGCAGAAGGUUAUGUGCGUUAAACCUUUAGGUGCAGUGAACAUCAUCCGUGAUGAUUGUGGAAAGAAAACAAACCAAGGCUGAGCUGAGAAUGCGCCCUAACCGUCCUGCAUAAUUCCAGCUUGUUCAUAAAUGGCAGCCUUUGUUUCUCCUUUUCUUAAAAUGGCACACUUUUUCUUAAUAGGCAACAGAAAAGUGGCUGCAUAGUGAGGAGCCACAAAGAUGCCUUAGGUAUGAAGGUCCAGAAGAAACACGCGGUGUGAAGCUUGUUGGAGAGCACUUUGCAUAAUGCUAAUGUUUCAUGUGAUAUUCUCGCUGUAUAACCUCUGUGGAUUUCAGUGCCUGAAAGUGCAGUUGUGCCUGUAGUGCACCUUUUUGCUGAAUUUCGCCCAAUAAACUUUUGAAGCAGUUUGUCUUUAAGAUCCAACAAUUAAUAAAAAAUUUGGCACAUAUAGAUCCCUUCUUGCUGCAAUAAAUCAGCAUUUUAGGGGUUAAACGAAGUUAUGCUUGUGGGUUGCAACAGAAAUGCUUUCAUAGGGUCUUGAACAUUUCAUCUAGGGGUUUGCAAAUAUUUUACACUAUAUAAUGAUGAAUUGUGACUGUUCAGUUUGUCUUGAAGUAGCCAAUAAUAAAAUUUGCUAAUGUUUUCAUAUAAGCUGUUAAUGUGGCAAUUAGCAAUGAGCAAAUAUAAAGCGAAAAAAUAUUUUCCCACUAUUUUCCAACAGGCAAGCAAGAAUGGCUAUCAUCGGAACAGAAGUAGAUAUUUUUAAAAAGAAUUUGCUAGGGAAGUUUUGGUAUUCUGAAGGGAUCCAGAGAUUGUCCUGGAAUGGUAGUAUUCCGAGGUGGAUUGUUUGAUCGCUCACUUCUGCAUGUAUUUGUUUUUCUGCUCUGGGUGUGUUCUGUUUUUCCUUUGGAUCUCAUGGGAAAGUGGCACUCUGGAACUGUUACAUUGCCUCUUCAAAAAUCUUUGUCCACACAUUUGCACGUAGGUCCUGCGCACAAUGUCAUGCUGAAACAUUAUGCCUUGGUCAGCACUUUUGUUUUGGCAAGAAGCUUCCAGCUUCAUUACCCUUUCAACUCCCAAAAUCUUUCCAGGAAAAUUGUAUAAAAUGUCUUCAGUUUCGUUUUAUUUUCCAGAUGUUUUGCACAAAGCGUGCUGAUAAAAAAUAUUAAUGUAAGCAUUAAACAAUAAAAUAAGCUUUUAGAAAGAAUGUUUUUUUAACAAUGCAUAAAGGCUUUAAAUAACAUACCCUCAAUGCAUGAAAGCAAAACAAAGGUAAACUACAAAAUAAUAUGCACGAAUGCCUAAACUCGGCAGAGGUGGUGGGAUGAGCAGACGUGCGUGACUCGUUCACGGCUAUUAAAGUAAUGGAAAUUGAGGCGUGCAUGAGUGGGGCUCAUCCUUGGAAAUAUUCGUAGAAAUUAGUAGAACUAACACAGUGCAAGGUUGUGGUUGAAGGCUUAUUGAAGUAUUUGCUCAUCAGUGAUGGUAGUUUACAAAUAUAAUUACUUUGCAUGCAUAUUUUCUUGUAAAGGCAAAGAUGCUUCUGCCAGUGACCUUGCUGCCACAAGUAAGAGCUAUCUCGACUUAAAAAACUUUUUUUAAUGCAUUAGCAUUGGGAGUGCGUGUGUGUGUGGAAAACUUUAUUGAAGAAGGGAAAAAACAACAUAAAGAAAGUGUGUAAGUGGAAAGAAGUGUAUGUGAAGUGUGGAAAGCCAGUCACAGUAUGUGUGUAUCAUUGCUUUAAUAACUAUCAUGACAUGGUUUCAAUCAUGGAUCCGGGACCUUAAAGAGGCGAGACGUAAUGCCACCAUUUGUCCAGCAUUUACCACUAGAUUGCCACUGAAUGUUUUAGUUUCUUCAUGCUUCAUGCCAAAAAAUGUUUGUUUCCAUUGCUGAUUCUGUGUCUAUCAAUUGUUGCCCCAAUUAAAAACUUUUCGUAAUAUAAAUUCAGCCAGCAUGUAGUACUGACGUGCCUCCUUACCCUGGACAAUUUGGUCGCUGCCAAAAUUGCCCGUAAAGUGCACUACUAUCCAUGAUAAUGAGUUUUUGAAAAGUGAAUAAACUGUAUUAAGAAAUUCA